AUGGCGCUGCCUGCCACCCUGACCUCUUGUGAGAUUCCUGCCAGCCAACUCUAUGUGGCUGGCAGUCCGGUUAACCGGUUACCAAAUAAGUGUUCUGAUAAACCUAAUGCUUACCAGAGUACACAUGGUUUUCAUUUUCAAACUGUUUGGAAUUGUGAUUAUAAAUUUCUGAAAGCAGAGAUUGUUAAUCAUCACUUGACUCCAAGAGCUAUAGGUUUAAGAACACCAACCACUGUGCCACUGGUGAUAAAACCAGGAGAGUUGCUGAGCAGGCGGCUGAGGGCGCUGAGCGAGGCGGAGAAGCAGCGCCAGUCCCGCCUGCUGAGCCGCAAGGUAAUUGGGCAUUCCAAAUACCAAGAGUCCCAAAGAAUUGCAGUGUUUCUGAGUAUGCAAGAUGAAGUCCAGACAGAAGAAAUUAUUAAGGACAUGUUUCAGAGAGGGAAGGAGUGUUUCAUUCCGCAAUACAAGCCCAAGAGCAAUCACAUGGACAUGGUAAAGUUAACUUCCGCUGAAGAAAUUUCUUCACUUCCUUUGACAUCUUGGAAAAUUCAUCAGCCUAGUGAUAAUGAUGUAAGGGAAGAAGCUUUGUCUGUGGGGGGCCUUGACCUCAUCCUCAUGCCAGGCCUUGGGUUUGACAAAAGCGGCAACAGAUUGGGAAGAGGGAAAGGAUACUAUGAUACCUACCUUGAACGAUGCAUGCAUCAUCCCAAAGGAAAACCUUACACGAUUGCCUUGGCUUUCAAGGAACAGAUCUGUGACUCAGUGCCAGUGACAGAAAAUGACAUCUCAAUAGAUGAAAUCCUUUAUGAAGAUAGCUAAAACCAUCUGGAUACUGCUGAGCAGAAAUUGACCAACCAAAGACUUCAUAUUAAGGCACACACUUGUAAUAGUCAUUCAUAAUUUUGUACUGAUAAAAUACACUAUUUUUAACAACCCUUCCCCCACAUUUAUGUUAUUGAGGACUGCAUUGAUCUCAUUCUAAUUAGAAAAUAUCUAUUGUGAAGAUUUAUUUUAGAAUCAAUAGAAACAAGAAUGGGUGACUAUUUUAUUAACGAUUAGAUAAUUUAAUCUAAUCAUGUUUCUGUUUGUUGAGUUACCCGAUAUUUAGCCUGACAGUUUUAUUGCCCUGCUUUAAAAUGGAGCUCAGUUACUAAGAAGAUUUCAUGAUCCAAUCUGAAAGGGGAUAUUUGUUGGAACUAAAGUUUUAAAUAUGGCCACAGCACUUAACAAUUAUGCAUGACCAUCAACAAAACAUUACUGCUCAAGAAACCACUUAAGCUGCACAUGAACAUGAUCACAAAAGGGUGAAUAAAAAGCCUUUUGAUUGUAAAAUCAAUUUAGAUUACAUACUUGAUGGUUAAAUCAUUGUCUAAAUAUAGAAUCUCUAUGCUAGCAACGGUAUAAUUAAAGAUCUGACCAUGUUUUUAAUGUAUACCAAUUUCUAUGUUUUAACUAUAAACCCAUAUAAAUAUUGCCUUAGGCUGAAACUUGGUAGAUGAGUUCUCAAGCUGAGCAUUCAGAAAUGGUUUUGAUUUAAACCUACAAUUUUCCUGGUCAUUACUCCAUAAUGUAGUGGAAUAGUGAUGAAAUUUGGUACAAUACAUUGAAGAAUGGCUAGAGAGAAGCCUAGAAGAAUUCCAGAUGACAGCAACUAUUAUAGGAUGAGAGGGUAUGGACUCAGAAAAGGUUAACACAAUUAAAUAGGUACAAAUUGGUGAAAGGGAUGCAAUGCUUCUGGAAUGCAGAAUAACUUUACAUGAAGGGAGAGAGAACAGGAUAAAUUGUCAUUUGUUAUCACUAGAAGAUUUACGUCGCAUUGCCCAGGGCCUUAAUUUUUGUUUUUUGGAAAAUAAAAUGAAAAUGUACAUGCUUCAUUUAAAUCAUUGCUGUGGGGUGGGGCAGGGAAUGAAGGCUCAGUAUACAGUCUGCCCCAGGGAGAGAGAACUACCUUAAGUCCCUUCUCAUUGCAUCAGCUUGGGGCCAGGUGAGGAGCACCUCUCCAGGGCUGCUGCAGCUCCAGUGGUAGCACAAUAGGAUGUUGCCCCUGGCUCUGGACAGAUCUGAGGGGCAUGAUUUAGCCCAUCAGGUGAGCAUUUAUAAAAUUGUGCACAAUUUAGCACCUAGCUUUUUGGUAGCACCGUGCCAGAGAAAGCACAAUUAUAUUUCUCACCUUGUCCCAGAUAAUUGGAGUGCACCAAAAUAUUCCCAGUCUUCUGCUCCAUGCACCACUCAAAGUAAUUGUGUGAACUUUGAAAAUAUCCGUUCAAAGGAGGUGGUAGUAGUUAGCUUAGUAUAAUAUUCUGAUAUGGGAAUUUAAAAAUAUACAGAAGAUAAUAAUGAAAGGGAACACAAUUUUCAUUUCCUUUCAAUCUUACCCUUGCCUCCCUCAAUACAUUUUUGUACAAGUAUAAUUUCUUUCAGCCUGUACAUUAUUUCAUUAAUUUUAACCAGUUCACUCUGUUUGCACAUUAAAAAUUCUGUGAAUUCUCAAGCACUAACUACAGAAGAGAAAGCCCUUAAGACUUCACAGAUAACAAUUUUGAUAACUAAAUCAUGCCUACAAUAUACAUGAGUUUUUUAAUCUAGGACUGUUGUAUUCAAUUUCACUUCUAUUUUUGAUAUGGGAGUAACUCAAUAACUGCUUGUUAAAAAAAAUCGUAUGUAAUUGUAAAUUCUAUAAUAUGAGGACAUGCUUCAGAAUGAAGUUAAAUUCUUCCUAAAUAUAAUGAUGGUAUAUCCAUGGAAUGGAAGCAUGCACAAAGAGAUCAGACAGAAUUCUCUGUUUUGAAAUUGCCCCUGAGGAUAUUUGCAUUUGAAAGGUCCCAAUUCAGAGGUAUUGGAAAGUUCUUUGGAAAGAUCUAUUGCUGCAAAAAAUGAUCAACCCUCCCAAAGAGAUAGAGCACCUCAAGUAAUGGAUGCAUCAGCUGAUCAUGCAUGUAGGGCUUAAAGAUACAACCCAGCUGUCCUCAACCAAAUUUCUGACAUGAGUACGGGUUGCAGAACUGGCCCUUUUGAAUGUAACCAAAAGGGCACAUCUAUCGUGAAGAAGAAAUGAGUAAUAGUAAUACUGUCAUCCAAAGAAGGACCUUUAUGGGAUAUUUAAGUGAAAUUGAGUUGUACCUCUAGAAAAUGGAAUCUUUAGAGAGAGAGAAUAUGAAGGUGUUGGAUAAAUACAUACUGACAUGAGUUUGGGGUGGUCACAUUACCAGGAAAUGCUGAAGCAAUGAGUGAGUUAUGCAGAUCAUUGCAAACGAGUGCCGAUACACUGACUAAUAAGCAUGAGAGACCUCUUCAAAAUGAGUUAGUGGUCUCAGACUGGUUCUCCUGAACUAAUGCCUCUGUCGGGACUUUGGUAGAUCUCACUGGCAGUCUCAGCUUAGAAGGCAAUAAUAGAUGAAAUGUGGAGAACGAAGAACUCUGAGGCCACCUAGAGGCAGUCCUGACAGAACAUUGACAGUAUUGUUGGAGCAGUCCAGGUAAGCUUGUAUCAUUGCCUUUGAGUUCCUACUUCCAGAAUUAACAAGCAGAGGAAUUUCAUGAAUACGACUUGCUAAAGCAUAUAUUGAAUCGCCGUGUCAGUGCUCAUUGUUUCAUAUAGGGUCUAUUGAAAGGCUCUGCCUUUAGGUAGGUUACUAUAUAGAUUAAUUCAUGCAUGCUAAAGCCAGAAGACUUACAUCUUCAGUUUGACCUGCUGUAUAAUACAGGCCAGAGAAUUUCACUCAGUUAUACUGCAUUGAGCCCCUUUUCCUUGAGGUUGGCUGUAGCAUAACUUCAGAAUAGCACCCAGCUGUCACUGUUAGUUUGUUUCAAUGGAUAAUCACUGUCACUAUUAAAAAUUUGCUCUGAGUACUAAUUUGAAGUUGUCUGGAUUUAAUUUCCAGGCAAUGGUUCUUGUUAUGCUUUUCUCAUUUAGGUUAAAAGAGACCUUGAAUACUUGGUAUUUUCUCUGUGCUUCUAUAAUAGUACACCAUAGAAUACUGUCAGAAUGUGUGGGUCGGGGUCUCAUGGGCAGCCAGAAUCAGAAUUGUAGGACUGGAAGGGAUGUCAUGAGGUCAUCUAGUCCAGUUCUCUGCACCCACAGCAUGACUUAAGUAUUAUAUAUACCAGCCCCGACAGGUAUUUGUCUAACCUGCUCUUAAAAAUCUUCAGUGAUGGAGAUCCUGCAAUUUCCCUAAGCAAUUUAUUCCAGUGCUAACCACUCUGACAGGAUGUUUUCCUUAAUGUCCGACCUCAGCUUCCCUUGUUGCAAUUUAAGCCCAUUGCUCCUGCUAUCGUUAGAGAUUAAAGAAAACAA